UCCUAUAGCGGAGCACAUUGUUGCAAUCGUCUGCGAUCUCAGUCGGAACUGCCCCCUGGUUCUUGUCCGAAAAGGAUGUUACAGCAAGAGCGCGUGCACAGGGCGGGAGAGCGAUCCGGCGGCGCGGGGUGCGAGCAAAGGUGCUGUGGGCCACGGCCUUAAUAAAACACACACACACACACACACACACACACACACACACACAGACUGAGUGACUGGCACAUAACCAGCUGACAGACAGACGCAAGAGCUGCAGAAGAGCUCCAGGAGGUGCAGCUGUUUGUCUCAGUUCAGCACCCUGGUCACAACAGAGGGCUCUGAAGGGACAUGGACAGCAGCGGGGACCUGAGGAGCCUGUCAAGUCAGCGAGACGACGAGGCCACGUGCACCUCGGCGUCAGAGGGCCUGGAGGAAGGGGAAGUGGAGGGUGAGACGCUUCUAAUUGUGGAGUCGGAGGACCAGGCGUCAGUAGACCUGUCGCACGACCAGAGUGGAGACUCCCUGAACAGCGACAUCGGCGAUGAUGCAGAUACCAGCUGGAACGAGGACAUCUCCUUCUACUGCGAGAAAUGUCACAAAUGGAUCCCCAGUUCCCAGCUGCGAGGAGAGCAGCCCAGCUACCUGAAAGGAGAUAACUUCUUCAAAUUUACCUGCUAUGACUGUUCUGAGGAUGGCAAGGAGACUUUUGAGAGGAUGAGGCUCACCUGGCAGCAGGUGGUGAUGCUGGCCAUGUACAACCUCUCCCUGGAAGGUACGGGACGUCAGGGAUACUUCCGGUGGAAGGAGGACAUUUGCGCUUUCAUUGGAAGACACUGGAGCUUCUUGUUGGGUUCUAGAAAGAAGACAUCCACGUGGUGGAGCACGGUGGCAGGCUGUCUGUCAGUCGGGAGCCCCACGUUUUUUCGCUCAGGAGCGCAGGAAUUUGGUGAGCCUGGCUGGUGGAAGCUGGUGCAGAAUCGUCCCCCUACUCUGCGUCCAGAGGGAGAAAAAACCUCUGCGGUAUCUAUGAAAGCCAAAGGCACAACCAAGCCUCCGAUGGACCCCAUCAUCACGGUGGAGGGCUUGCGGAAGCGGGCUGGUCGGAACCCAGUGGAAAGUGCUAUGCAACUGAAGGAGAAGCGCUCACGCACACAGGAGGCCAAGGAGAUCCGUCGUGCACAGAAGGAGGCGGCAGGCUUUGUGGACCGCAGUGCCUCUUCCACCCCGGUCAAGUUCAUGAGCCGUACCCGGCGUCCUGAUCUCGUGCUCGAGAGAGGUGAGGUGAUCGACUUCUCCUCCCUGAGCUCGUCAGAUCGGACACCCCUCACCAGCCCCUCGCCAUCACCAUCGCCUGACUUCUCGGCCCCCGGCACCCCUGCGUCCCAUUCAGCCACACCCAGUCUACUGUCUGAGGCCGACCUCAUUCCAGACGUCAUGCCUCCACAAGCGCUGUUUCACGAUGAUGAGGAACUGGAUGGCGAGGGAGUGAUUGACCCUGGCAUCGAAUAUGUGCCACCUCCCAGCAUGCCUGUGGCUACCAAUGAGCUCAUCAUGCGCAAGAAACUGAGGACAGUUGACCACAUCAAGCAGGAGGUGGAGAGUGAGGGUGAGGAGCGAGCUGCUAGCGGCAGAGAUGAGGAUGAAGAGGAGGAAGAGGGGGUGAGCAGGCAGGGCAAAACAGAGGAUGAGUCAUCAAUGGGCUGUGGGAGUGGCAACAGAAAGAAGGCUCCACAGAAGAAGGCAGAGGAUGUAGCCAGCACUGGUGCACCCCGGUACACCUUCCUCAGUCUGUAUGAGGAGCGCAUGCUGCUAAGGCGCCUCAAGUCUUGCCCUCAGGCACUAGCCGUGACACCACAGGCCAAACGACUGCACAGGAAGCUGCUGGUACGGCAGGCCAAACGUGAACGGGGGCUUCCCCUGCUGGAUGUUGACCAGGCUGUCAGCUUGGUCAGCGGGGUCUGUGGUGCUCAGGAGGGCACCAUUUGUGGACAGGGAGGUUCCGGCACAAGAACGUACCGUACCACCAGCCAGGACCUUCGGAUCCUUGAUCGCUUUCAGACAAUGGUGUCCAACAGGAAAGGAUACCAUCAGCCCACAGUGUCAUUCUGGCACAGGCUAAUGGGCUCGGAUGCUAGCAUAGAACAGGGCAUCAAGAGCCCCUACACGUCCCGUACCCUGAAACCCUACAUUAGGAGAGACUACGAGAGCCGGCCUAUGAAGCUUAACCUGCUGUCAGAGAUACGUGCCUACCCUCACAGAAACAACCCCAGUUGGGUUCCAGAGCCCGAUGCCCCCAUUGACUACUGUUAUGUUCGACCCAAUCACAUCCCUUCUGUCAACUCCAUGUGCCAUGAAAUCUUCUGGCCAGGUGUAGAUCUUUCAGAAUGUCUUCAGUAUCCUGAUUUCAGCGUGGUGGUUCUCUACAAAAAGGUGGUGAUCGGGUUUGGUUUCAUGGUGCCAGAUGUGAAAUACAACGAGGCCUACAUCUCCUUUCUGCUGGUCCACCCUGAGUGGAGGCGUGCAGGAAUUGCAACCUUCAUGAUCUAUCAUCUUAUCCAGACUUGUAUGGGGAAGGAUGUCACGCUCCACGUCUCGGCAAGUAAUCCAGCCAUGCUUCUGUAUCAGAAGUUUGGCUUCAAGACAGAGGAGUACAUACUGGACUUCUAUGAUAAGUACUACCCUGUGGACAGCAAGGACUGCCGACACGCCUUCUUCCUGCGGCUGCGUCGCUGAGGACUCUCCUAAUCUGAUCUGCUGCUUCUGCUAGAAAUAGUACCUACAAAUACCUCACUGCUAAUGUGGAAAGGAACGGUCUCUGUCAAGGUAACAGAGCACGUUUACGGCAAAAUAUUUUCACCACUUGUUUGCUUGGCCAUAUUAGAGGUUUGUACAGAAUGUAUAAUUUCACUGAACCUAUGUUUUAUAUUCUGUAUUUAUCUGUAUGUAUGUGGAAAUGACUUCAGGCAAGAAAUAAUGUUAGGUUCAUUCAGGGUAUUUCGUUGUAGAUGUGAUUUUGUAACCAGAACUAAAGGGAGCAACUUUUUUUGAUAAAACUAAGGAGAUCCACUAUUUCCUGCCUUUUUUGUCAAAUGUAUUCUUAAUUGAGCACUAAAACAAGCCAUUGCAAAAUCAUAAAACCUCCCAGAGUCAUUUUGUAAAUACUCCAGUUUCUGUAUCUGUAACCUUUAA